UUGCAUGCUCUUUGUCUACCACACUCUCCCCGACCAACUGUCCACUCUGCCCUCUUCUGCCUUCCCUUUGUUAAAAGACUGCGGUUGUUUUUGACAGAAACUGAAGGACUGCAGCAGCCAUGUUGUUGGCAGAAGCUGGAUGUGUGUUUAUGGGUUUGAUCCUGUACCUCUCAGGGGUUCAUGGACGUGUAAACAGCAUCUGUGCCUUAAAAGGUUCAUCAGUGGAUCUGCCCUGCUCAGCUCAACGUCCCACUACAACCAUGAAGUGGUACACUGUAGACAGGAAUGGAUCUACAUUUGUUCAGAAGGAGCUCUCUGCAGAUGAAAAUCAUGUGAUGUACAACAUGUCUGCAGAGAGUAACUUCACUCUAACAAUCAAAGAUCUGAGACAGAGUGAUACAAAUGUUUACUGCUGCAGAGAGACUACUGACAACCCAGAACUCUGCAGGCACCACAAAACUGAGCUCCAUGUUGCAGACCUGCAGGUAAAGGUGAUUCCUGCCACAGAGGGACAGACAGUGACACUGAUGUGUAGCACCAGCUGUCCUCUGACUGAAAACCCUGCAGUCUACAUCUGGUACAAGAACAGAGAGUUCCUCUAUCAGGACUGGUCUCCCUGGUACCAACAGCUGGUCAGCAGUGAGAAAGCAGUCAGAUACUCCUGUGCUAUCAAAGGCUACGACGAUCUCAGAGCCCCUCAAGUCGCAGUGGAUUCUGUCACGUCGACCUGCUUCAGUGUGACCUAUGCUGAAGGGAGAAUGUGUUCUUAUAAGACGACAUCAGUGGAUGAGCCGUGCUCCAUCACAUAUCCCAGAGGUUACGUUUUCACAAACAUUUACAAACUUAUAAACACACCUCCCACCCCCAAAUAUAUUACAGUGACUGAUGAAAAGUGUAUUUGUCAUCUCCCAACAGAUGUCCAUUUCCAAAUGACUAAAUUGAAGGACUAUGACAUACUGACCUGCACCACCAGCUGCCCGAUGGCUGACCGUCAAACUGCGUAUAGGUGGUACUGGAACAGACAGUUAUACGACCACUGUGAGAGUCAAGACAUGACAGUUAUCAGCCCUUCUUUUGAAACCAUCUCCUGUGCUGUAAAAGGCCAUGAGGAUCUGCGCUCUGAUGAAAACUGUCUUGAUAAUAGGAACUGCGAGAGUGUGAAUUAUGUCAGAAGGAGGAUUUGUGCUCUGGAAGGUUCUUCAGUGAACAUUUCAAGUGAAUACUCACACCACAGCUGGUCUAUCGUAAAUCAUUUCUGGAAUAAAGGAAAGCAAGGUGAUGAGCAGGAUGCUGAAAAUUUGACCGAGGAUGCAGGUCGCGUGGAGUUUCAUGACAUGAAAAACUACACCAUCCUGACAAUCAAUAACCUGAAGAAGAAUGACUCAGCAGAAUACAAAUUCACACUCCAGAGAGAUAACAAGGAAUGGAAACAGUCUGCUUCACCCGGAGUCACGUUAGUUGUCACUGGCCUGAAAGUGACAAUGACUCCCUCUGCAGUGGUGACAGAGGGCCAGAGAGUCACCCUGAGCUGCAGUACCAGCUGUCCUCUGACUGACAACACAAACUACAUUUGGUACUUCAACAGUCGACCUUUGACCCCGACAGAAAAGCAGAACAAACACCUGGUUCUGGACCCAGUCAGAAGUCAGCAUGCAGGGAAUUACUCCUGUGCCGUCGAAACCCCCCACAACAUCAGCUCAUCUGAAGAGAAUCUCACCGUCAAACCUCAGAUAGCAGUAGCAAUACUGAAUGCAGUAAAACUGACUCUUAUAUUACCACCUGCUGUAUUUCUCCUCUACCUGAGGAUGAGGAAGAAGAGAACUCUGACCUCCGCUGCAGAGCAAAGUGACAAAGUACAAACUGGAAAAAUGGACGAGCUGUAUGAGCCCAUGCAUCCUGCAGAACGGACAGAUCCAGCAGAGCAGCAGGAAGACACUGUGUGAUAUCAGCUUAGAUUUUAGAUAUCUAUGCUGAGCGCUUUGCACGAGUGCAGAUAAAAUGUCUAUGUAGGCCAUUUUGAUUCUUCUUGGUGAAAUAUGAUUUGAGCUCUGCAAAAGCACCUGUAAACUCACAGUAUGUGGUACAGCCAAACCUGGAGGUUACAAAACAUACAAACAUGUAUCCGUAUCCUUGAAAAGAUCUACUUCCUGCCUUAACGACUACUGGGGGUUGGAUGCGUAUUGAUAGUGUCGUUUAUCUGAUGAUCUUGUUAACUUCCUGUGAAACCAGUUAUGAAUUGAAGCAAAUAAAAUCUACCCAGUUUUGCAUUAUAGCAGUUUUCAUAUUAUGAUUAAAUCUUUCUCUUCUUACAUUUUAUAAGUUUUAAUGGCACAUAUAUCUUGUUUAUUCUUGUUUGUUUUGUCUUGUUUGUCUGAUAAAAAUGUCUGAUAUAAUUACAGUUUAUUGAAAAAAAUGAAGAAAAAAAAAUGUAUAUAUGGCUAUUGGGGGAUAACUUUCUAACCUUCCUUUCCUGCACAUUCCCAUUUAUUGGUAUUAAUAAAUUAUGUAUUUUACGUUGAUGUUUUGUGCAAAUAGAUUAAAAUCUAAAUUACAACGGACUGAUUUAUUUUUUUAAACUGAAACUUUUCUCAAAACAUUGCCAGUAAACCACCCAGUUGUCAAGAUGUC